CGGUGUCCCACUCAUACGAAAUCCGCGUCUAUUAAUGCUGUGCGCAAACUGUUAUGCGGAACUUCGACGCAGUGGUACAAACAGUGCAGUAUAGUACCACUACGCCGUGGACUGAUAYACAGCGAUUUAAGGUUUAUUUCUGGCAGUUUAAGUACGCAGUACUGAUACAAACGUUACAUCUACGCAAGUAUCGCUACUGCCACUGGCGUCGUGUUUUAAGACGACUAUGUACUGACUCGAUCAUGCAUAAUGUGUGCAUGACAGUGACUACUGCUAUAUACGGUCACGGAGGUCUUGGAUAUAGUUCGUCUCUUAUAAUCUAUCUUUGUUACUAGACUAGCCGAUCUUGAGUGAAGAAUGUUGAAUGUAAGCGACUGCAAACGGACUGCUAGCCGACCCUGGUAUCGACGGAGACUAUCUAUGACAAGGGUGUGACACGAGAGACGACUUAUCGAGCAAUUUUGAUCUGUCGUUCGAUAUAGUUCAUAAAACUGAAACAUUGCGCAGGUUGCACGCGAACUAAUGCAAAAUAGCAUUUUCACAUGGGACCAUUUCGGGGCAAGUCCUCGCCGGCAUUUGGACUUAAAACGCGGUGGUUUGUCCCAAAAUAUCGACGAAAAUGGUUAAGUAAUAGCACACUGUGUCAAAGCAAUUCUUUCUUGAUCAAAUACAGCUGAUAGAAGGAAUUCGUUUUAUCAGUGGAGCUUCAACUUCUAUCAGACUAUAGCAUACCUAGUAUGUUACUCUGUGACCUCUCCAAAUCAAGUACCUCACGCUAAAUGGUUUUCAGAAUACAUUUUAGCUUUGUCUAGUGUAAACUUCCACUAAUAAACAAUGCUUUAGCACAUUCUUAGGAUUCACAUUGCGGGGUUAAACGGCACUCGAUAUAUGAAGUCUAGACGGUUGUCACAGUAAGAACACGCCUAAGGACCCCCUCGCAUGAACCACAUAGAUAAACCAGGCCGAUCGCUUCGUUAGUUCCUUGCUAAUUAUGGGGUUAAACAAGCCUCUCAGCCUACCACGAUAACCCAAUAAACAAAGCUCCUUGUCCUGACUUUGCGCUUUGAAUAUAUACCUUGAAAAAAGCACUUUGAACUGCUAGUUCUUUGGGAAACACUUUUUACAUCGCGCAAAUAUUUUGGAGCAGUCACGAUGAUGUGAAUGUUCUUGCUAACAGUAACUUCAAGAGCUGUCGCGUUGCUUUGAUGUCUUUGUUAAUUUGACAUUACAUAUCGUUCCUACCAUAGUUACUAUGCUCCUACACAGUGCAGUGACGAUAGUAACAGAGCUCGUAGAUUGCCUUCUCUCGUGUGAAGUGCGCGAGGGCUGUGUCCAUUUAAGCCACAGACAACGUUUCUUCACUCUGUCAUGGCUCGUCAUUCUUGAGAUGAAUUCAGUGUGAUAUGAAAUGUAAUGUAUACUAAUUGUUUGUUUUGCCGUCAUGUCUUUGUUUUCAAACAAUACAACCACGUGAAACUUAUAUCAUCACUUUCACAAGCGUUAAGACUCCGGAGUUGUGUUUGACUUGUGAUAAUAUACUCAAGUUGGGGACUGGUCAGACGACGUACGCCUCGUUACUCUCCGUGACUCUAAUCAACUGUUUGUACUCAGAAGGUCGGUCCUUCUGGAGUGAUCGUGAUGGCUGACUUUAGUUCAAUUGCUGGUAUCUUGUUGGUCAUAAUAUGCUCGUUUUGUUUUGCACGCGGCAUUCGUGUAGAGCAAUUUUACCCUAGGCAAGACGGCCACGGUUCAUCCAAGCUGCUCUCCUCCAGUGUUUCUGCUCCAAUUCCUCUCGGGACCACAUACAAUGUUUACGGGAAGCAGUACAAGACUCUUAGGGUCCACUUGGAUGGCAUAAUUACACUUGGRAGCACCACAAUACCAGACUACCCCCAUAUACGGAGAAAGUUUGUAUUCCCUCCUUAUGUGACAGUGAUUGCACCUUUUUACGCGCCCGCGAGCCUCUCGAACGGAAGCCAAGUAUCUUUUUAUGAAUCACGGGAUGUAGACAUACUAUCCCGCGCGAUGCGGGACGUACAGUCGUCUUUUAUCCAGGAAGGGGAUUUUAAUGCGACAGCGGUAUUUGUGGUCACGUGGGUUCAUCUCAAGCAUGCGCACCACAGACAAGUCAAGAAGAAUAAUACAUUCCAAGCAGUUCUGAUAACCGACAGUAAAAAGACUUUUGUUUUGUUUAAUUACGACACUGACGGCCUGCAAUGGAMCAAGGGAUAUCAUAUCUAUUGGAAAGGGCAAAGAUUCAGUCAUGCGCAGUCUGGAUUUAGCGCUGGUGAUUUUGUUAGGUAUUACACAUUACCAAACUCUGGAGAAGAUUCUGUUCAUUUCCUAAGUACAACGUCCAACAGGAUGAGCCCAGGGCAAUGGAUAUUCAAAGUYGGAUGGCCUCACAUGUUUGGAAUGGAAGUGCAGCUUGCUGAUAGCUACGUUGAUAAAACGUCUGAACCCCUUGACUUCUUUGUUGGUCAAUUUUUCAAAGGCUGUUUUGUAGUCCAUGGUUACUUAACUACCAAUCGUAGCCAAAUCUGGAAAGAUAUUAGCAUCAGAUCAUGUAUGAUCCUCUGCCACCAACAUGAACGACCGUUUGCCGCGCUACACAAUGGUGACCAGUGCGCAUGCUUGGAAAAUCUUAAGCACCUGGUCGAGGCUAGUGCUGACAAAUGUAAUGCUACAUGUACCGUAAACGAUUUGGAGUAUUGUGGUGGUCGAUACACUGCCUCCGUCUACAAGGUGAAUCCACGAGCCGCGGUGCAGUCUGAUCAGUCCAGCGGAGAUGCCAAACAAAAGGAUUUGGACGAAUGUCAAUUUGCCGGGGGAUUCAAGUGCCACUCUGCCGCAACGUGUGUCAAUAAAUCACCUGGAUUCUGCUGUCAUUGUAACGAUGGUUUUUAUGGAAACGGGGAUUCAUGUGUUAAGAUGGGUGCUGUACAGCGCAUGUCAGGACCACUAACAGGUUUAAUCAACAAUGAAAACCUCGGAGAUCUCAAAAUGGACGUGAUCGCUUUCUCAGUAGACGGACGAGCCUAUGCAUCGGUCAGAUCAUUCCCUUCGUCUUUAGCUUACUCGGUACUAAUAUUAACACCACUGUCUGAUGUUGUAAGCUGGAUGUACGCUAAGCCAAAACCUAAUGGAUUUAUUAACGGGUUAAGUGUCGUUGGAGUGAAGUUUGGAAGAAGAGCUGUCGUACGAUUUGAUUCAGGCGAGCAACUUGGUAUUUAUCAAAAAUUCAAAGGAAUUGAUAUCCGAACCGAUGUGAUCAAUGUAGAAACAGAAAUACGGGGUACACURCCAAAGAUUGAUCCCCAGGCCAUCGUUAAUGUGAAGAAAGUGCUGAAACAAGAAUUCAAGAGRACUGGGGAGGGCAGGAUGCAGUCACGUGGUACUGUCAAAUAUGAGGUUGACGGUACRGAGCGCACUUUCACCGUCGAUCAGUUCAUUGAAUUCAACGAGCGAAAGGGCUGUGGUCAACACGUGGAUAUAGGAGUGNGAGAAGCACAGAUAAGUGGUGAUGGUGAAGGGUCUGCAAAGGCUUGUGGAUCUAAAAAGAUCACGUGUCAUAAGUCUGGAGUUUGCAUUGAUUUUAGGAACGACAAAGAAUGUCGAUGUAACUAUGGUUACAUUGGUGAUGGCGUCACUUAUUGCAAUGAUGCUGACGAAUGUUCGUUAAACCGCUAUCGAUGCAGUAAGGAUGCAAACUGUGUAAACACCAUUGGUUCCUAUAAAUGUGUUUGUAAAGAAGGUUAUAAGGGUGACGGUCAACAAUGUCGAAUAGACAAGUCUAAACAAUGUGAGAAGCCUUGCGGUGCGAAUGCCAAGUGUAUGCAAGUUGCCUCUGGACCGACAUGCAUCUGUAAUCUUGGUUACCAAGGAGACGGAUUUGACUGUAAAGCUGACGGCACGUGUGAUGGCGUUAAGUGUGACGUCAAUGCACAAUGUAUGGCGUCUGAGGGAAAAGUGCGCAUGUGCGUUUGUAAAAAAGGUUACCAAGGCGACGGACAAAAGUGUAGCGCUGACGGCACGUGUGAUGGCGUCAAGUGUGACGUCAAUGCCCAAUGUACGGCGUCCGAAGGAGAAGUGCGCAUGUGCGUAUGUAAGAAAGGUUACCAAGGCGACGGUCAAAAUUGUACAGCUGACGGCACGUGUGAUGGCGUCAAGUGUGACGUCAAUGCUCAGUGUAUCGCAUCAGAUAGAAAAGUGCGCAUAUGCGUUUGUAAGAAAGGUUACCAAGGUGACGGACAGAAAUGUUCAGUAAUCCUAGGUGGGUGUGGGGGCGUCGAAUGUCACAAGAAUGCUCGAUGUCUUGAUUCGAAGUGUGCAUGCCGCGCGGGAUAUGUUGGGAAUGGUCAAAGCUGUGAAGAUGAGAAUGAGUGCGAAACGAAGAACAACAGUUGUGAUCCUAAUGCUGUAUGUCUGAAUAGUGUUGGUACGUAUGGAUGUGAAUGUAAGGACGGCUACAAAGGUGAUGGCUAUAAAUGCGAGAAAGACUUAGAUUACUGUGGAGGCGAAAGAUGCCAUCGAUUUGCAACUUGUGAGAAGAAUCCUGCAUCUAACAAGYUGUACUGUAAAUGCAGACUUGGAUUUCGYGGUGACGGAGUACAAUGUGCUGAUUUCAAUGAAUGUAUACCGUUACUUAAAACGUGUGACAGUAACGCAAUGUGCCGUAACACACUUGGGAGUUACGAGUGCCUGUGCAAGAGAGGAUACGUAAUGGAAAAAGGAAAAUGUGUCGUGAAUGGAAAGUGUAAUGGACAAAAGUGUAACUCUAACGCCCACUGUAACGCCAUGCAGCAAUGCAUAUGUAACGCUGGCUUUAAAGAAGAUGGCAAACAGUGUGCUGGUAAGUGUAUAUUUAGAUAGAUCGACAACAAGGGCAUUCAUGCACCAGUCUUGGUUUACUAUUGGGUCAUUUCAAAUGAUCAGGUGAAAUCCGAGGUGAACAGCCAACCACAACACUCUCAACAGUACAGUCACGUCAGAAGCUUUUCGUACUGAUUCUGCUUGUGUUUCCCACUCUGAUGCCGACUAAAAUUAAUUAAAAUCAAUCUUACAAAGAACUAAUACACAAGUAGCACAAAGACGACUCAAUUAAGAUGAAUUUUUUGUUCUUUUCCACCAAAUACUAUUACCCUGUCUAUGUUUUAUACCUAUUUUUCCAGAGAGUUAGCUUAAGCUCAUCCAAUAAUUGGCGAUGUAAUGCCAAACCAUUUAUCAAAAUAACCACGAGGAACACCUUCUGUAAUAAACACUAAAUUAUUUCUUGUAUCUAUGCCGUGGAGCUCCAUUAGCUUUACAACGCGCGACUGGUUCCUUUCAAUGGGAAAAUCAAUGAUAACAGAUUUGGAAGACUGAAGAGAGUCCACGGGAGAUAAUAUCUUCAAAAAAUGCUUUUAAAUAGCACUUUUACAGCUAUCAGAAUCCGCAAAUAGGGGGCCAAAUUGGUAGCCUUCGUGCUGUCGGUACGCUACUCUCACGGCAGCAUAACCGACAAUAGUUCGCGUGGCUACCUUUGGCGCGGAAUCAUUUCAUUAAGAAACAGUACUGUGUCGCUGAUAACCAAAUACAGCUGUAUCGUAACUCAGCAGAGCUUCUUGGUCGAUUUUUAUGGUGCUUUU